AUGAAAUAUAUCUCGCUUGACCUGGAUGAAGGAGACUCUAUCAUUGAUGAUUCCCUCAUUGAAGAAACUGGCAGUGUUCCCCCAGUAAACCAUCCCAAAAAACAUUCCAAGACUAUCAAAAGAACCAGAUCCAUCAACCUUUCGGAAUUGGCCAGUCAUAUUGGCACCACUGAAAAAAAACCUCGCCAUGAAAAGAUCCUUUCUCUGUCAUCUAAGUUAUCAGCCAAUUUAUCAAUUAAAUCUGUAUCACCAUCACCAUCAUCAUCAUCAUCAUCACCACCAUCAUCAUCAUCAUCAUCAUCACCAUCAUCAUCAUGGGUAGAUAAAUACUCCCCCACCUCUAUCAAUGACAUCGCAGUUCAUCCCCGGAAAAUCAAAGAGGUCAGAACUAAAUUAACUUCCAUGCUCUAUCAUGACUAUCCACCUCGACUUUUGAUCCUCACUGGUCCUUCGGGAUCUGGCAAAAGUACCAUGGUCAAACUUCUAUCCCAGGAACUUCUUAGUAAACCGGUCCUCGAAUGGAUAAACCCUUCGACCAUUAAGAAUACCUCCCAUGUUGAUGCAUUUAGUGAAUUCCUUAAGGCUGCAAAAUACUGUCAAGGUCAAAACCUCCUGAUCAUCCUUGUUGAAGAUCUUCCAUUCAUAUUCCACGAACCAACAAAAGACGCAUUCCAAGCAGCAGUCUAUCAAUGGCUUCAUUACGAUCCUUUAACAACCCUCCCUCCACUAGUGAUAUGUUUAACAGAAGAGAAUUUCGAAAAUGAUAAAAAUAAUAAUAAUUUUGCCUCCUGGGACAUCACCAAUAAUUUCUCGGUCGAUACAGUGUUUGGCCAUAAAGUGCUCCAAAGUCAUGGUAAAUACCAGCAGAUAAAAUUCAACCCCGUCAACGCCACUUUGAUGACCAAGACCCUAAAGCGAAUCGUUAAUGAUAAUUCCCAACUAUUCAAUCAUCAUCAAUUGAAAUCAUACCUACCCAAGCUCGUGGCCAGCGGCGAUAUCCGCUCAGCAAUCUUGUCAUUACAAUGCUGGGGAAGUUGGAGAUCCAAAGCCCACCAGCUCCCUGGGGUUACUGAUUCGAUGUAUUUGGUAUUUGGUAAAGAUGUUCUGUUUGAUCUUUUCCAUAUUAUCGGGAAAAUCAUUUAUGGGUCUCAAAAAGUCCAACCAGCUGAUCUUUUAAGGUACCUGGAGGAAAUUCCUGGCAACCGGCAACUGCCACCUGAUAAAAAAAACUGUUUUAAUGGAUUGUAUUUGAAGAAAAGUUCAUCUGAUAACUCAUUAUCUUUGAAAAGUUCCCCUACUGAUCAACCUUACAACAUCAAACUCGCCACUAAUUACGUGUUAUGCAAUACCAUUCUCGCCAGUAACACAUUGGAUCUUCGACUCUUGAGCUUAUUGAUUCUUGAGAAUUAUGCUAUUUACAAUUGUAGUCAUUACAAGCUCUCCAAGGCGUCCAAGAUUUUAAAAAUUCUUUCAUUAGUCGAUACUUUUCCCAAAUGGCAAGUGGAUCUUGAAGUGGCCACUGAUUUGGUGGUACGGGGUACUAGAAUAUCCCUUGAGCAAGAUAUUUCAAAGAACCAAGUGAUGUAUCUUGACAAUCUUGGGAAAUGGUCAUUGAUAAAUGGUGAGAAAUUGUUAAAAAAUGAGGAAUCAUUAAGAAAUGAUGAUAAAAAAUUCCCUCUCAAAAGUCAGGGCCAAUUUGUAAAUCCCCACCAGAAAUCUUCCACCAGUAACCAUCGAAGUUCCAACCAUCAUGAUAAACUCGGGUUCCCUAGAGAUUUCAAAUUGAUGAAAAAAUCCCGACACACCAAAGACGCGGUGAAUUUCCACCGGUAUCAAAAAUCCCAGACCUCCUCCUCCACCAUUGGAAUCUUGAGCUUCAAUGAUACCAAUCUCUACCAUGGGUAUUAUGAGGCCGUGAUCAACCAGCAAAAGCAAUUUAAGGGGAAAAGUUAUGGGUAUAUUGCCCAACAAUUCAAGGACAAGAAUUAUGCUGGACACCCACCAUCAAGAUUACAAAACAAGAUUGAUGAAUUGUCCCAAUGGUCAACCCAGAAAAACCUUUUAAUAAAACGUCUUGGAGGGGAAAUCAACAGUAAUGGUGGUGAUCAAGCUGGUGGGACAGUACUGACAAUGAUGGGGGACCUAGGAAGAAAUAAUAUUGCAGAGUAUUAUAAGAAUUAUGAGAUUUAUCAAGGAAAUUUUGGGGAAGAAAACGACUAUAGUGAGGGAGAAUUAGAAGAUGAUCCGAUUGAUGAUGAUGGCGAUGAUGAUAAUGUUGGUGGGGGUGAUAAUUGGAGCGACGGGGAGAUGAUGAGUGACUCUGAUUUGGACAAUUUUUAG